UGACGUCAAAGAAUUGCGACUGAGUGACGUAACGCGCUGAAGCAGAAGCAGCAAUGGCCGAUAAGAAGCCCGCGGUGGACCUCGGAGUGCUGGAGGAAGACGAUGAAUUCGAGGAGUUCCCAGCCGAAGACUGGACGGGGCUGGACGAGGACGAGGACACGCACGUGUGGGAAGACAACUGGGAUGACGACAACGUUGAGGAUGAUUUCUCAAAUCAGCUGAGGACCGAGCUUGAAAAGCACGGACAUAAAAUGGAGACCUCGUAGAGAAGGAACGACGUUUGUGGGGGGGGGGGGGGGGCUGAGAGUCUUCAAAGCCCCCCACACAGUUUGGCUUUUGCAUUAAAAUGCCUCCCGCGACCGCUGGGUUUUUUUUUUGUUGCCAUGACCUGUUCUUGGAGUCGUCACGGAAGAGAAAGGGGAUGAGUUGUGGAAAGCAAACGUGAAAAAUGGUCACCAUUCUCCAGCCAUGUUGGAUUUGUUUAAUGUCCCGUUGGAAUUUUCACCGUUCGGAAUAAAGUUUAAUAUUUUGUUAA